GAUGGAGAGCGUAGUACUGGAAUAUUCACUAAGUACCUUAACAAGUAUUUUACAAGAAGGAAAAUUACUCACGUUCUUGAACAAGUUCUGGAAGAUCUGGGCAAAGAUCCCUUAAUAACUGGAAAACAGGUGAUGGAAAUUAAACACACGUUAAAAGAAACUCGAUCUCUUACUGACAGCAUUCGUUCUGUGGGAUACACUAUGGCCCUCGCACAGAGAAACCUUCUGCUGGAAGCGCUAAUGAUGUUCCCCCAAAAAAAAGAAGUCAAAUUUGUCUGUGGUGUGGAAGUUGAACUCAGCUUCUCUGCACUAUUUUCAAAUGUCCUGAUUGUCUUUUGCAACUAUAAAGGCAGCUGCAGAUAUUUUGGGAUUGUAGCAUCAGCCUGA